AUGGCCUCUCAAACGGCCUUCGCUCCUCCCGAUGCAUGGACUAGGGCUGUUAAUAGAUUCACAGAGGACCUAGAUGACGACGAGAAACACCUAUUCUUUCAAGCCAGCCCGGAGACCAUCCUCUACGAAGCGAGUGCGGCAGAAAAGACGCAGAAGAGUAAAACCCGGCAUUUUCUUGAGAAGAUUCAACCCUGCAUUGAGUCGAUUGAAGAUUAUGGGCGCGCGCUUGAUGUCUUUGCCAAUACCUAUCCACUAGUGAUGAGCCCAUUAUGGGGCAGUAUUCGCAUCGUACUCCAUGUAAAGAUUGUGGAAAUGUUUACCCAAAUCAGCGACCUUUUGCCCCGUCUCCAUGUCUAUGAAGCGCUCUUCCCAGACCAUGAGCGUUUAGUCCAAGCCCUUUCUUUGGUCUACAGUGAUAUCAUCAACUUCUGUUCAGAGGCGAAGCAUGCCCUUCGUAAACCCAAACGAGCUAUGUUCGGGUCUAGCUGGAAGACUUUUAAGCGUCAAUUUGGACACCGAAUCGAAAGUUUCAAUCGUCAUCAGAGGUCGAUCGAUAAAGAAGUGGACGUCUCCCACAUGAUUGAAUCUGCGAAGACGACGGACCAAAUCCAAGCCAAUCAGCUAGAGGUGGCUAAAGAGAGAAAAGGUCGAGACCCUCCGCGUCACGAUUUUUGA